UCUGAGGUUCGACAAUCGGUUGGAGCCUCCUUUCCAGCACCAGGGAGUAAACUUUACCCGGGAGGCUAAGCAGUGUGAUACCCCGAUAGUUGAAGCACACCCUCCGGUCCCCUUUUUUGAAGAUGGGGACCACCACCCCGGUCUGCCACUCUGUAGGCACCAUACGCAACCUCCACGCAACACUGAACAGGCGUGUCAGCCAUGACCGCCCAACAGUGCCCAGAGCCUUCAGCAUCUCAGGGCCAAUCUCAUCCACACCCGGCACCUUGCCACUGGGGAGCUUUUUAACUACCUCAGCAACCUCCACCAGGGAUAUAGGCGAGAGUUCCCCCGAGUCUUCAGACUCUGCCUCGUUCUCAGUGGACGUGAUGGCCGGGUUCACGAGGUCCUCAAAGUGCUCCUUCCACCACCCGAUGAUGUCCCCAGUUCGGGUCAGCAGUUCUCCCUCUCUGCUGAGCACAGCCUGAGACAAGCCCUGCUUUCCCUUCCUGAGUUGGUUAACGGUCUGCCAGAACUUCCUUGAGGCCAACUGAAAGUCCUUCUCCAUAGCCUCCCCGAACUCCUCCCACACCCGGGUUUUUGCUUCAGUGACCGCCACAGCUGCAGCCCUUCUGGCCAACCAGUACCUGUCUGCUGCUUCAGGAGACCCCUGGGCCAGCCAGACCCGAAAGGCCUCCUUCUUCAGCCUGACGGCCUCCCACAUCGCUGGUGUCCACCAGCAGGUUUUUCGGUUGCCGCCCCAACAGGCACCGACAACCUUCUGACCAGGAGCCGCCUCCACAAUGGAGGCUUUGAACAUGGCCCACUCAGACUCCAUGUCCCCAGCCUCCCCCGGGAUGCACAAGAAAUUCUCCCGGAGGUGGGAGUUGAAGACCCCAUGGACAGGGUCCUCUGCCAGACGUUCCCAGUUCACCCUCACUACACAUUUGGGUUUACCAGGUCUGUCCAGCAUCCUCCCCCACCAUCUGAUCCAACUCACCACCAGGUGUUUGCCGAGUUCUACAGAGUUGCCAGUAAGAACCCCAAGAAAGACUUCUACGAAGCUCUGGACCACCACACCACUCGUCUCAUUGACAUCUUCAGAUCCAGAAAAGGAGUUGUAGGCCAGCCACUUGAUUGCCUCCUCCAGCCAAUCAAUACGCAAGCCAAUGACAUCACCACAACAGGCACUGCUGUCCUGCAAUGUCUGCCCCUUCAUCUGGGAGAUAAUUCCAGUGAAUUCUUCAACAGCUCUUCAGAUUCGGACACCGAAUAUGACUUCGCCCAGGUACCUGUCGGGGUUCUUUCAGUCAUGACUGGGGAUAUGUUACCAGAGAUAAACAGCAUUGCAAUCAUCCUUGAAGGAAAUAAUAUCAUGGAUGAGAUUCCCACACACGCUCAAGCACUUUUUCUGCUAUUCGGCUUAAUAUACGCACUCCAUCUGGAUUACCCCAAAGGUAUGAAGAACACAUUUGACUUCAUGCAGAAGAUACUGUUGAACCUUGGACAACAAAAGCUCAGCCCAAAACGGCAAAAAUUAAAAAAUGUUCUUUUGAGCUAGAUGUAGUAGCUACGGACAGCUGUCUACAUGAGUGUGGUGUGUGAAUGAGUGAGAGUAGAUAGGGCUGAACAAUUGAACAAAACUUUAUUGAAUAUUUUAUGCAUUUAUUUUUACUGAAUUGAAUAUUAUAUUUUACUUACUUCUUUUUAAUGUUUUGAUAAAAAUUAACAGUGACAGAUUUUUUGUGUGUGUGUGUGGAGCUGCAGAGGUUCCAUAUUGUCUUCUUCAGAAAUAAGAAAACAUGUUUUGUACACAACUCGGUGAGAAUGCUCCCUCCCACAAAAAUUAUGAAUCAUCACAAUAACUGUAUAACUAGUAUUAUCCAAAUUACAGGAGAUGUAAGAGGUCAAAUAACACUAUUUUAUUUGUUUUUCUAUUCAUUUAUUUAUCAUGCCCUCAAUUGUUCAGCCAAA